CACCUGGCGCACUCUCAAGCUUCGUUCUCUCUCUCUCUCUCUCUCUCUCUCAAGUCUCAAUCAAAAUCCACUCUCUCUUUCUCUCCAGCUUCUGAUAAACCCUAGAAAUUUUGGGGAUUCCUUCUCCUUUAGCUCUACCGAAAUUCCCACUUAGAAAAAUUACUCUUCCCAAUUCAAUUGGUGAUCGGUUCAUUCAGCUGAGUUGAUUUUUUUUUUUAAAAAGCCAUGGACGAUACCGAAGAUGAUGCUAGGUAUCCGCCAAAAGCUUACCCCCACAAUCGAGCAAAGAAGUCGCCUUUAUACUCCCACCGUCCGGCAGCCACUUACUACAACCGCCGCGAUUACGUCGAGGACGAGGAGGACGACGAUUUCGAAGACGAGAACGGCGUCGCGUACUCCGACGACGAAGACGACGACGACACCGGCGCCAACGAUUUCGAGCAGAACGAGGAGUACGGGAGGUACCCCAAGAGGCAGAAGCUCAAGAAGUCGGUCCCCAAUUACGAAUUCGUUGCGCGGGCCCCGAGGACGGCGAGCAUUCACAACCACAACCACGGCGGGGAAGCCGAUUUCGCGGUGGAAGGGUGGAGCGAGCAGGAAAAGUUCGUUCUUUUGGAGGUUUGGGGGGAGAGGUUUCUGCAGUUGGGCAGGAACAGCUUGAGGUCCACGGACUGGACCGAGGUGGCCGCGAAGGUUUCCGAGGCGCUGAAGAUCCAGAGGAAUGAAGCCCAGUGCAGGCAGAUGAUGGAUUCUCUGAAGAGGAGGUACAGAAAGGAGAAGGGCAAAGGUGGGUUGAAUUCUAAAUGGGCGUUUUAUAGGAAGAUGGAUAUGCUGAUGAGGCAAGAGAAUGGACAUGUAGGGAGUAGUACUGGUGGGUUUAGUUUGUCUUGUGGUGUGGAUUCAGGGCAGUAUGUUUUUACCGAUACUGGAGUGUAUUUGGAACGUGCCAACAUGAAUGAUGAGAUGAGGGAUAGUCCGUGUGAAUCCGACGAGGAAGAUGAAGAUGAUGAGGAAGAAGAGGAUGCGGGGGAGCUUAGUGGUGAUAUGUUCAAAGGUCUGACUGUGUUGGCGGAUUCGGUUCAUAAGUUCGGCGAGAUAUAUGAGAAGAUAGAGAGCAGUAAGAGGGAACAGAUGUUGGAAUUGGAGAGAAUGCGGGUUGAUUUCCAGAGGGAAUUGGAGUUGCAGAAGAAGCAAAUCUUGGAGAGGGCACAGAGUGAGAUUGCUAAAAUCAGAGAAAGGGAGGAAGAGGAGGAAGAUGAUGAGGAGGAGGAUAGUGAUACGGGUUCUGAUGGUGAUGAUGGUGGUGGUGGUGACAAUGAAGAUGGGGUGGAGACGGAAGGGGACACUGACAGUGGCGGCAAUGAUUCGGGUGUGAAUGUCAGCGAAUAAGGAAAUCCAAGGGUAUUCCACCUUCGACUCUGGAUGCUCGAUAGAGAUGCAGCGGAGUCCUGAACUGGCAGUCUUUUGAAGAAAAAAACAUGCUCUUCUACCCUGCAAAGCCAACAAGUACCUCAAUCCUAGGGAAGCAAACACAGCUAGGGUGUACCAUGUAUUCGAUCAGAGGAAUGGAGAUUGCAUGCUUUCCACGCUCUUGAUUUGAUGGGAAGUUCUGCAAUGACCAGCAUCCAAAAAUAGCUAAAUUUGACUCUUCUGCUGCUGCUCUUUGUAUCAUUUUUUGUACUUCUCACGAGCCCUGUUUCAAUGUUAUUUGUUGUGCAUGUAUCGAAUUACUAAUUAUUUGCAGUCUAAAAGCCCACAUGGAAUCAUGGACUCGUGGUCCUAGGCUUUCGGAACAUAAAAAGAACUAGCUAGAAUUGCUUGCAAAUUGCAGUGAAAGAAUCAGACUUCAUUAUCUUCGUA